AUGGACGCCGCUAAUGAUUCCCUCGAAUCUCAAGGACUCACAGCGCUGGACAGAGAGAUGGGCUCCGACGAGUUCAUUGUUGCGUUCGCCCCAAUCCGACUGAUCGCAGCCGGCGGGUUCCUUGCGGUGACAUAUCUCCGGAGUCGUGAGAGCACGGGGGAUAUUGAUUAUCUCAUUGACCCGGAAUUCGCUGGGGACCAGCACAUCCAAGACAUGGUCAAUUUCGUCACCAAGAAGGCCUGGCAGACUCUCGUCGAAGAAGCCGAGAAACAGAAUAUCGUGCUUUUCAGCGGGGAAAACAUCGAGAUUCUGGCCGCCCCCCUUGAGUGGGUACUGGAGCGAAAGCUGAGGAGAAUCCAUGCCGCCGACCGGGGCAGAAAGGCGGAAUACGACAUGGAGGACGCAUUAGCGCUUCUCAAGCCCGCUGAAGCUACGCAACAAAGCCCCGCUUGA